GUGAGGUAUAAGAGCGUGGGUACCUCAGCAGUAAGAUACAGAAGCCUUGAAGGCUCAGAAGCAUAUCCACUUUUACCUAAUUGAUAGAAAACAUAGGAAAAUAACCUCGCUAACGUUCACGCACACAUCAUGCCGAGUCCUAAUCGUGCUCGAAAGGUUUGAGAAAUGCGUAUUUUUUGGAAGGGGCGUCAAAGAAUUUAUUUUUUGGUGUGUUUUUUUGGUUUGGGGUUCAAGGGUCACGGGAUACAAACAAGUCCGACACGCUCCAUUGCAGUCUGACUGGUUCAGCCACGGCUACAAUAACAUGGGAACAUCUGUGAAUGCAUAAGCAGACAAGUUUUCUGCAAGUUUACAAAAGCAACCCUUGUUAUCAGGACAAUUUUGGAUGCCUUUCUCUCUAUCUUGCCCAUGCAUGCAGGACUGAGCAAUAGAAGAUGAUUGAGAUGUCCAUAGAAAAAGAAACUGUCUUAACAGGAGAUGGAGCAGCAGCCAUUUUGAGCCCGCCACCUUCCCAGAGCCUAGCUGGCCGUGUUAAGACUCUGAGUCCAACCUCUUUGGCACCUGUCAGUACUGGCGCUCCAUUCAUGGCUAAUAUGGUGCUAGCAGAAGUGCCUGCUAACCCUGAUUUAUCAGAAGAGGCAGAACAUGAUGAGGAAGUCACUGAGACGAUGCAAGUGAAAGGAAACAAUAAGCUCUUACAAGCAAAAAAUGGUAUACAGUCUCAAGCCGGGCCUCAAAAACUUGGUAAACGGCGCUACAGCAUGAAUGUUGGCUUUAAGCACCCCAGCUUUAGCAAGCGCAGACGGAGAGCUAACUCUGAGUGUGACCCAGUGCUGCCCAGCAACUUCCUGUUGGGUGGAAACAUCUUUGAUCCUCUGAAUCUCAACAGCCUAUUGGAUGAGGAGGUGAACCGGGCGCUGAAUGCUGAGACUCCUAAAUCGUCACCACUUCCGUCCAAGAACAGGGAGCCUGUUGAGAUCCUGAUCCCCAGAGACAUCACUGAUCCGCUGAACCUCAGUGGCAAGGGUGGAAACGCCAAUAGAGGUGUCCUGGUGUCACCCUUAAAGAGGCGGCGCCAUAGAAACAGGCACCAUGGUGGUAGUGGUGGCCAUCUUGAACCCUCAGACUCUGAAAAGGCAAAGAGUGUUGAGGAAGAGAGUACACUGUUUCCUACACACCGUUUAGCAGAAGAAGUCGUCGAAGAGUCACCACGACCCUAUGAACUCAACACAACCAUCAACUGCCGUGAUGAAGUGGUCCCACCCAUACUGCCACCACGCCGAUCCACAAACUCUGCUCCUCAGGCAGGAAGUAGCAAUUCCACCACGCAGCCAUCUAAAUACAGAAAGCGCAGACGAACAAUCAGCCGUUCGGAACGUCUGUCAAUCACGCCAACUCCUACCAAUAAGCAGCAACAUUUAGACAGAGGGCGGAGUCAAACAUUUCACACACCCAUUGUAGGUGGAACCACAGGAAGCCAUCUUGAAACAAACCAUCAUGUGUCGCAAAAACAUCGGCACAAACCAAAACGAGACUUCCAUUAUGGCACCUACAGCUGUUGUUAUGGUUAUCGAACACCAACUUUGAAUGUGGACCCUCGCCUAGUGGCGUUUCGGCCCGAAUGGUUCCGUGGGAAGAAAGUCCUGGACAUUGGUUGCAAUGUGGGUCACAUGACUCUUGCCAUCGCUAAGAACUGGAGCCCUGCUUACAUCCUGGGCUUGGAUAUCGAUAGCAGUGUGGUUCACGCAGCACGGCAAAACCUCUGCAACUUCCUGUCAGAGCUGCAGAAACAGGAAGUGAGACAAGACACAGGGGAGAAACUGCGAGAGGUGGAGAUGUUGCGGACAUUCCCUGUUUCUUUCAGGCUAUGUAGGGGGCCAAUCGCUGCUCCUCCCUUACUGCCUCCUGCCCCUGGGGUUUUCCCUAACAAUGUGUCCUUCAUGAAGGGGAACUAUGUGCCGGAUAGUGAUGUGGUGGUGAUGUCACAGUGUGCAGAGUAUGAUGUCGUCAUGUGUCUAAAUGUGACAAGGUGGGUUCAUCUGAACUGGGGAGACAUUGGGCUUCAGCGACUCUUCAGACGUGUUUACGCACACCUGAACCCUGAAGGAGUGUUUAUCCUCCAACCACAGCCAUGGAGCUCCUACAGCAAGAGGAAGAGAAUGACGGAAAUCACCCACAGGAACUACAACAGUAUUCGGCUCAGACCGGACCAGUUCAGUUCGUACCUCACCUCUGAGGUGGGGUUCACCAGCUAUGAGCUCAUCAGCACCACCAGGAGCUGCCCUAGAGGACUCCAGAGGCCAAUCUAUCUCUUCCACAAAAGCCCCACUUCCAGCAGGAAGUCAUCCACCAGAAGAGGAAGUGACAUGCAGGAAGAGGAACGGGAGAUGAUGUGAAUAUUUUACGCUGCUGCAAGAUGCGAUCAGUUUCACAGGACUCUGUUCUGAAAGAGCUGCCGUCACUGUCUCAGCCUGGAUACAGAAGUGCUGAGCUUUUACACUCUCUCUCUCUCUCUCUCUCUCACACCCACAGAGCACCCUCAGUUCCAUCAAGUGGUCACAAGAGGGUGCUUGUUUUUAGUUAAUCUCAAACACAUGGCUUAUUAAUUUAAAUUUUUUUUUUUUAAGUUGCCAUGUCUUCUUUCUAACAACUCGACACUUGUUUGUAUUGUACAUUUUAGGGAAGUGUGUGUGGCUUAAACUGUUAAAAAAAAAAAUCAUAUAACCGUUUUCAAUCUGUUUUUUUGAUGUGUGUGUGUGAGAGACGGAGAGAAUGUAAUUGAUUUGAAUGUUUGUAUAGAAUAAAUAAUUGAGUCUUUGAUUUUGUGCAUCUUGGCUUUGUCUCUAAAACCCAGAAAUGUUUGUGAUGUGAUGCAUGUUGUCUUCAGGGCCACUUGGAAAACCUCAAACCUCUUGAACUAAGAGGAUAAGUCAAGGUAACAAAAUGUAUUGCAUUAACUAAUGAAUCAAAUUUAAAUUUAAUGGCACAGCAGAAAAAAUCUGCUCAAUAUUCUGGAUAUCACAAGCUUGAAUUGCAAGAUCAAAUUUGUCUGGGUGGAUGGGGCAGAAGCAUGCUCUGUCAAGUCAGUCAGUCAUGUGCAUCUCUGAACUCGUGCAUGUGGAAUAGGGCGAAUAGCACUUUCCAAGUGCAUUACGCCACUGUUUGAAGUGGCAUGAGCAGUAGUUUGAAAAGAUGCGGUUGUUACGUUUCACGUGUCUGAGGGAGCAUAUCUUCACUCUCCCUGGUUAGUUGUGAUGGAGAAUUAGCUGGAAAUGGGUGACCAAAAUGGGGAAAACAAAAUAUUAAGAAAACUGGCAAAAUAUUCCUACACCUAUCAGUGCAUCCAUCUCAAAACUAAGAUAAGCGCUGGUAUAAACUGGGCGAAGAACUUAUAAAAACACUCAAUGUUGUUUCUGCACUCUUGUUUUACAGAAAUCUGGAAGUAAACUUUAAUGUGAAAGUGCACACACAGAAAGUAGCUGUGUCUCAGUCACAGUGUUAAUGAUUAUGUCCAUCUUUCCAUUUAAGUGUUUAGGCUUGUUGUGCAAAAUGGGGUGUGUGUGUCAAUCACUGUGAGCCUCUUCACUCUGUAAUUAGACCAUUUUCUUUAGUAUUAUCAUCUGAGUGACGGUGUAAUGAAACGAAAUGUGCCGAGUCAGCCAACACUGAACUUAUGAAACAUUUUAUAUUUCAACUGAACUGGAGUGUACUGUAGACACGCAGCUCUUGAGGAGGUAAAGUCAUGGAUCACCUCUGUCACCAUAUAUUUACAUCCCUAAUUCCAAGACAGUUGGGAUGCUGUGUAAACUGUAAAUAAAAACAAUACCAUAACUUGCAAAUUAUGGAAACCCUAUAUUUCAUUAAAAUAUU